ACACGUCGGCGCGGUCCCCGUUCCCUGCACGUUUACGGCAGAUAGUGCGCGGGGCUGAGCGCUUUAAAACCAAACGAAGUCAUUGUUAACAAAGUAUUCGAUAAGAAGAAGAAAAAACAACGCGGUAAAACAUAAGAGCUGCUUUAAUUCAGAACAAACAUGUUCCCGCGUGACUUUGCGUGGGGUGCGGGAACUGCUGCGUAUCAAAUAGAAGGGGGCUGGCAGGCAGACGGCAAGGGGCCGAGUAUCUGGGACACGUUUUGUCAUGAGAAAGGCGGGGUGUUUGAGGAGCAGAAUGGAGAUGUGGCCUGCAACAGCUACGAGCUGUGGGACAAAGACCUGGAGUGUAUCCAGCAGCUUGGACUGACGCACUAUCGCCUGUCCCUCUCCUGGGCCCGCCUCCUGCCUGAUGGAACCGCACGGCAAGUCAAUCAGAAAGGUGUGCAGUACUACAACAAGGUGAUUGAUGAUUUGCUGGCCUGUAGUGUUUCACCUAUGGUCACACUUUACCACUUUGACCUGCCUCAAGCCCUCCAAGACCAGGGUGGCUGGAAAUCAGCGGGUAUAGCAAGCCUCUUUGACAGCUACGCCAAGUUUUGUUUCCAAACAUUUGGUGACCGGGUCAAACUUUGGAUCACUGUCAACGAGCCGCACGUGUGCGCCAAACUAGGACACGAAGACGGCAUCCACGCUCCAGGGUUGAAAGAACCGGGGGUUGCUGCCUACCUGGUGGGCCAUAAUAUGCUGCGUGCCCACGCCAUGGCCUGGCAUAGCUACGACGCCUUCUACAGGCCAACGCAGAGGGGUGCGGUGUCCCUGGCAAUCAACAGCGAUUGGUUCGAGCCGCUACGCCCAGGCCGCAAGGAGGACAUCGCUGCUGCUGAACGUGACCUUGCAUUUACGCUAGGGUGGUUCGCCUGGCCCUUGUUUGUCACCGGAGAUUACCCGGAAAUAAUGAGAUCUGCCAUCGACUCUCAAAGCGAGAUGUUCGGAUACGGUGGCGCCUCAAGACUGCCCAGGUUCUUGAAGGAUGAACCUGCUAUUUUAGGCACGGCCGACUUCUUUGCAUUGAACUACUACACGUUGCGCAAAGUCAAGGCAGCAGGAGGCACUGGACAGAUGUGUCUAAAGAAUGACCGAGAUGCUGAGGAAGUUUUGGAUCCAUCCUGGUCCAUCUGUGGGGUGUCCUGGUUGGCUGUAGUGCCCCAUGGAUUAAGGAAACUUCUAAAGUACAUUAAGGACACGUUCAACCACCCGGCAGUCUACAUCACAGAGAAUGGCUUCUCUCAGGUGGGCCCAGUGCAAAUUGAGGAUGUCCAGCGCUGUGGGUUUUACAGAGACGUCAUCUCGGAAGUGGCUAAAGCUAUUGGAGAAGAUGGGGUUGACGUCCGGGGAUAUUUUGCAUGGUCACUGUUGGACAACUUUGAAUGGGCCGACGGAUUCAGUGUCCGUUUUGGAUUGUUUCACAUCGACUUCUCUGAUGCAAAGCUGAGUCGAACCAUAUACCAUUCUGGACAGGAGUACGCAAAGAUGAUCAGGAAAUACAAGAAAGCAAUUGAGAUGUCUGCCAUGUAUUCAUCAUCAGGAAAUCAAAGAGUCUCCAAAAGAAUUCAUGGAAGAAAGUGCCAGGAUAAAGAAGCAUAAGCUGGUAAAGUUUUGAGAGUUCAUCAAAUAGCUCAAAGCACCAGAAUGACCAGCUCGUUAUUUGGAUUAAAGGUUCUGAUCAAGCAGUAGCAUGAUUUCUGUGAUCAAGUUUGUAAUUUUGCAAAAAUCAAAUGCCAUUAUACAGUACUGUCCAUUUGCUUUUUUUUCUUUCAACACAAAACAGCUCAUCCACCCCCCCACCACAUGGGAGAGGACCCAUAAUAAGAUGAAUAGUCAAUACAAUAGUCAGCUCAGUUAUUAUGAUGCUGCCAGGCUGCAUAAAGCACACUUGAGUUGACUAAGAAGGGAUGCCAGCUGAAAGCAACAGAUGUCCCGCCACAGGAAGAGAGCAGAAUGCCAUUUGUGUUCCCCCGGAAAGCUGUGCAAACUCUCCACUUCAAGACAGAGGAGAGGGAACAGAAAUCCUCCCAGAGGCUCUCUGUUGAUUCCUCUGUGCAUACUGUGGCUAAGGCAGGAUUAUUUAUAUUGAGUACUGGAACAAUGAACUGUAGAUCUACAAGGCAGAGAGGGCUAUAUUGAUCAGUAGACUUUAGCAUUGUUGUGUACCGAUGUGUGUGUGAUGGGAAGUAGGAAAUUUAAGCUUACAUUUUGGUUCAAGUUUGAUGAAAUGCCAUUUAAACGCCAGGAAACAGGAAGAGACGCAGACAAGAGAGUAUAGUUUUAAAGCAUGUUUGUGAGCCUGCGGUGCCACCAUGUGGCAUUGAAAUGAACCACGCUUGAGAUCAGCAGCUCACUUUGUACUGCGCCGCUCUUCUGUGUCACACUGUGGUGUGUUGCUUUGAUUAAUAAAACGCAUACUGUUGGUGUAACAAUAAACAACUAAAGCAGCUCCCUAACCACAAUACAUCACAGAUUUAACACAAUUAAUAUUUAUGCUCCGAUGUGAAGGAAAAUGUCAUUUAUAUUCCGUGUUGGGAGACUUUGUAUGCAUUAAUAAGCAUGGUGUAUCGUGACAUCCAGUUGGCUGUGCAUACUGUUUUCAACAGAUGUGAAUAAUACCCUCGUGGCCCU